CCAACUACUAAAAUAUUGACUGGUCUGUUUAUCUUCCAGCUGGCAGGAUUGGCUGUCAUUGCCUUUGGUCUAUGGCUGCGGUUUGGUGGGGUUAUGGCAGACUUUACUUCAGACAAAAAGUCUCCAGAGUAUUUCUUCAUGGGACUCUAUGUAUUGGUGGGAGCAGGGGCUCUCAUGACCACAGUUGGAUUUUUUGGGUGCUGUGGAGCAGCGCGGGAGUCUCAGUGCUUACUUGGAGCAUUCUUUGCUUGCUUGUUGGUGAUAUUUGCAGCUGAGGUCACUGCUGGAGUAUUUGCCUUUAUAGGCAAGAAAGUGGCAAUACAGGAAGCCCAGAAAAUCUAUGAAGACAUUUAUGAUGACUAUAUGAAAAACCCAGGAGGGAAGGUCAACAGGACUAUCUAUCACUACCACUUGGCUCUCCAAUGCUGUGGUAAAGAUAAUAUGGAACAACAAACGGGAUUACCCUGUCCAGAGAAUAUCCAGAUGCCAAAGAACUGCCUGGUUGAAAUCCAGAAUGUAAUUGAUGCUAAUCUGCAUUUAGUUGGAAUUGUUGGAAUUGCAAUUGCUGGCAUCACAAUCUUUGGCAUGAUAUUCAGCAUGGUUCUGUGCUGUGUGAUCCGUAACACAAGAGACACGAUCUAAAACUUCCACUACACAACUAUGUUCCAGGAGUUCCAGACUAAGCUUUACAAGAAGUGCUCUUCUACCCAAUUUAAUAAUUGUAAUGCAUUUUAAUUAGUGUUUUAACAUACUGAGAGGAAAAUAUCUCAUUAGGUGAGCAGGUGAAUUGUAUUAGUUACAGUAAAACUGAAGUGGAAAAAAAAGAGGGUUAAAAUGUCCUUUUUAAUGAAAAAAGCAAAGAUGCAUCUAAGACUAAUUUGAUUUUUAAUGUUUGUAUAUGUGCAAUUAAGAGUUUACACAUCUAUAGAUGUUAUAUAAGCACAUGCAUAUCUCUCCUUACAAAUAUAUAUGCACAU